GCAGCAGCACCGGCACGGCACAGCCAAGCGCCAGGCUGCAUCGCUCAGCCUUUGGCAGAGCGCUACUUUUUUUUUCUUUUCCUUUUUGUUUUUUCCUCUCCAUCUCGGUCCGGAUUGUUCAUGUGUUUACUUCCCCCAGCCCGAGGAUUUGCUAUUUAGGUUCCUGUUGAAAUGCAACUGAGCAGCCAAAGUACUUUGCGAACACCCAAACUUUUUUCUAGAAGGAAAAUACAAUAAGCAAGCGGCUUUGCCUGUCUGUUGAUGCCGGGGAGCGCGAGUGAGUGUGCCGUGUGUGCCCUGCGUGUGCCCGUGCUCGGAUGUGUGUGUGCAAACGUGCGUGUGAACGGGCGUGCAUGUGGAGGGGCGCGUGUUUCUCCCCAUCCAUGGGGAGAGAAGGCUUUUGGCAACAUCUCCGGAAAUCUCAUGGAAUCUGUUUUGAAAUAAUGGAUUAUAAAAAAGAAAGAGGAGGAAAGGAACUGGUCUGAUAUCUCCUGGAGUUUGCUAACCCGAACUGCUGCUGCUGCUUAGUUUGUUGUGCUUUUUGUGUGUGUGUCUGUGUGUGUUUGUGCGUGUUGCUGGCGAUAACCUUUUAGCACCUUCUCUAUUUCCCUCCCCCCUUCCCUCUCUCUUUUUAAUGUUUUGGAGCUUCUCGAGAGGGAUUGGCUGGGGGAAAAGAGAAACAUUUGCUUGGGAUCACUGUUUCCCUGAGACAUGAUGGUGCCCCUUUCCCGCCCCCGUCCCCGGUUCUCUGAAAAGUAUGCCAUCAGGACCCCGGAGAGACUGUCCGUGUGAAGUGUAGGAUAAAAAGUUCUUCCAAAAUAGUGUGCGCGGGGCCGAGCAUGGGGGAUUUCGCAGCCCCCACUGCCGCCGCGAACGGCAGCAGCAUUUGCAUCAACAAUAAUCUGAAGAGCGGCCUCGGCGGGGCCGGUGCCGGGGCUGGCGGCUCUCCGCACGGCCCCGCCGCCGGUAACAAUGCCGUCCCCAAGCACAGCACGGUGGUGGAGCGGCUGAGGCAGCGCAUCGAGGGCUGCCGGCGGCACCAUGUCAGCUGCGAGAGUAGGUACCAGCAAGCGCAGGCGGAGCAGCUGGAGCUGGAGCGCAGGGACACGGUCAGCCUCUACCAGCGGACCCUGGAGCAGAGGGCCAAGAAAGCGGGCACCGGCACCGGCGGCAGCAAGCAGCAGCAGCAGAGCAAGCAGCAGCAGGAUGCCGAGCCCGCUGCGGCGGAGCAGAGGAACCACACGCUGAUCAUGCUUCAAGAGACAGUCAAAAGGAAGUUGGAAGGCGCACGUUCACCUCUCAAUGGAGAGCAGCAGAAUGGAGUUUGCGAUGGGGGCUUUUCUCCAACCAGCAAGCGGACACGCAAGGAUGGGCCAGGCAUUGAGGCAAUCAACAGCUUGCCCAUUAAUCUGCCUUUGCCUGCUGUUUCUCCUCUUCACCAGCUUGACAUGAAAGCUCCUGUGCUCCUGCAGAACAGUGGAACUCACAGGAGUAGUCUGGAAGACUUGGGUGAAAACGGUGGGCUUUCUGAGAUAAAGCUCCCUGUUAACGGCUGCAGCGAGCUGGAUGAUGGUUUUAACAUCCUGCACAACAAGGAGCUAAAGCAAGAGCCCCUGGAUGACUCCAACUGCAUAGACACUUCUGAAACAUCUCUUUCCAAUCAGAACAAGCUCUUCUCAGACAUUAACCUAAAUGAUCAGGAGUGGCAGGAGCUCAUAGACGAGCUGGCGAACACCGUCCCAGAAGAUGAUAUACAGGAUUUGUUCAAUGAAGACUUUGAAGAGAAGAAGGAGCCUGAAUAUCCCAGGCCUGCCACAGAGACUCAGGAGAGCGCGAGCGUGAAAAGUGAUCCAUCCCAUUCUCCAUUCACUCAUGUCCCAUUGGGAUCUCCCCAGGUCAGACCAUCUUCUUCCGGUCCUCCAUUUUCCAACAUCUCCUCAGGCUCCAGCGUUGCCUCAGCAUCCAGCGCGCCGCUGGCCCCAGUCCCUGCUGGCUCUCCAGCAAACUGUGUGGUGCAGUCCCCUCAGACCCCCGGCCAGGCCCACACUCCCGGACAAACGCAGGGGCGCUCCGGGAAUGGCUUCCUGAUGAGCGCGGCCUCGGCCGUGGUGGGCUCAGGGCCUGGCCCCAGCGCUGACCUGUCCCCAGCCGAGCAGCUCAAGCAGAUGGCAGCCCAGCAGCAGCAAAGGGCCAAGCUCAUGCAGCAGAAGCAGCAGCACCCAAAUCAGCCCUCAAGCUGGUCACCAGGGGGGCCUCCAUCCAGUCCCUACGGAGCACCCUUCAGUGCAGACAAACCAAAUAGCCCAAUGAUGUAUUCUCAAGCCUUUAACAACCAAAACCCUGUAGUGCCUCCUAUGGCAAACAACCCCCAGAAGACCACAAUCAAUAACUACCUCCCUCAAAAUCAUAUGAACAUGAUCAGUCAGCAGCCAAAUAAUUUGGUCACAAACUCCUUGGGCAAGCAGCCCAAUCUGCUUUCUUAUGGCAACACCAAACCUCUGACCCAUUUCAGCACUGAGCUGGGUCAGAUGAUGGCCCCGGCAAUGGCAAACCCCGGGAAGAACACCAUGGUGCCCUACAUCCAGCAGCAGCAGCAGGCCCAACAGGCCCAGGUGCCAGCCCACGUGGCACACCUGAGCGAGGAGCAGAAACGCAUGCUCAUCAUGAAGCAGAAAGGAAUGAUAAAUCAGCCCGUGGGAUAUGCAGCACUCCCUGCCCUUGGUCAGGAGCACCAGGCAGGAGUGCCGCGGCCCCUGCAGCCGGCGGGCUCCAGCAGCAUGGGCACAGGCUCCAGCCCCGGGGGACACUUCCUGGGCAGCCAGCCCCAGGCAGCCCUCAUGAAGCAGAUGCUGAUGGAGCAGAGGGCGCAGCUCCACGUGAUGGAGCAGCAGAAGCAGCAGUUUCUCCGGGAGCAGAGACAGCAGCAGCAGCAGCAGCAGCAGCAGAUCCUGGCGGAGCAGCAGAUGCAGCAGCAGUCACAUUUGCCUCGGCAGCAUUUGCAUCAGCAGCGAAGCCCAUAUCCAGUGCAACAGGUCAACCAAUUCCAAGGUUCACCCCAGGAUAUGGUGGCUGUGAGGAACCAGGUAGCCCUGCAGAGCAUGAGAACAUCCCGAAUGAUGGCCCAGAAUGCGAGCAUGAUGGCCAUGGGUGCCUCCCAGAGCUCCAGCACGCUGCUCACCACGGCAGGCCAGUCGGAUGUGGGAGUGACUCCUUACAGCAACGCCUCUGCCAGCCAGCCAGGAAUGUACAGCAUCAGCACGGGCAUGAGCCAAGUGUUGCAGCACCCAAACCAAAGUGGCAUGAACCUGGCGCAGAGCACGGGCCAGGGGGCACAGCAGGCUGCCUCUGGACAAGCAGUGGGAAUGGUUGGAAGUUUUGGUCAGAACAUGCUGGUGAACUCUGCUCUUCCCCAGCAUCAGCAGCAGAUGAAAGGACCUGUGGGCCAGGGCUUGCCGAGGCCGCAAGCGCCACGACUUCAGAACCUGAUGGGGCCUGUCCCUCAGGGAGCACAGAGCUGGCAGCAGCGAGGCCUGCACGGCGUACCUGGCAGGACUAGUGGCGACAUGGGGCCCUUCAGCAACGGCACCGCGUACGCCGUGCCAGCGGGGCAGCCGCGGGUGCCCAAGCAGCACUUCCCUCAGGGCCUCAGCCAGACUGUCAUGGACUCAAGCGGCACCGUGAGGGCCGUGAACCCGGCCCUGGGGAGGCCACUGCUGCAGCCCCUGCCUGGGCAGCAGGCAGGCAGCCAGGCCAGGCCCGUGGGGAUGCCAGCAAUGAGCCAAGGGGUGCCUGCCAUGCCGGGCUUCAGCCAGCCCCCAACGCAGCAAAUGCCAGCUGGAACCUUUGCUCAGAGCAGCCGAGGCCCGGCCUAUGAGAGGAAUCCCACUCAGGACAUAUCUUACAACUACAGUAAUGGAGGAGCAGGGGGGUCAUUCUCCAGUUUAGCAGAGGGCACAGACCUUGUGGACUCCAUUAUUAAAAGCGGACCAGGGGAUGAGUGGAUUCAAGAACUUGAUGAGUUGUUUGGAAACCCCCAGUGAAUGGGAUUGUAUAGUCUGGAGCUUUGGUUAUGUUUUGUUACGCUUGAACAAGCAAAGAGGAAGUCAGAUGUUCUCCCCAUCCCUGCAUUGUUGGUUUUUGUGUUGGUUUGGGGUUAUUUUGGGGUGUUUUUGUUUUUAACUGUACAAACCAAGCUGAUCUGUAGCCAACUUUGGAAGAUUCAGGGGACGAUGAAAACAUCAACAUCCCAAAACUGUCACCAAGCAAUCCUUGUUGUGUGGCAGUGCCCACUCUCUGUGUGUGUGCGC